GACGCCUGGUGUUGUACAGAAAAGCCUCUAGAACGGCAGAGUGAUGAGAGCUCCAAGAAGGCAGACUCAGACUCCCACCCCGAGAACUGGACUGACAGUGACCCGCAGCCGCCUGCCUCGUCCCCACCCAAGACUGCUGAUGACAAGAAGGAGAAGGAGAACAUAGAUCGUGAGCGAAAGACUCGACUGUUUGCACGUGACCGUAAUUCUUCAUCAUCUGUCGGCAAAUCAAAGAAAGCAGAAAAGACAACUGGAUGUGUCCUUAGUCCUAGUCAAGUCCAACCGGAGAGCUCUAUUGCUGAGCCACGGAAGGUCCUGGUGGAGCAGCUCAAUAGGGUGUUGCCCUCCGAGGACUGUGUUCCUGAGCAGCUAACCCUAGUCAACACAGGGGAUCCUCUCGGAGCCCUUCUGGCUGCUAAACUGCAGGAUCGCCAGCACAAGGUAAUUUGUACAGCGAGCAGUGCAGACAUCCGGGCCACAGUCUCUUGCCUGGUGAACAAGAUACAGAAGUUGUGGAAAACCGAUUCUUCAGGGAAAACCACUUCUAGCUCAAUUCUCAGGCCGAAGGAGGAAAAUUGCAACCUUCGCUCAGGACCCUCCACAUUUAGUCUGAGCUCAAGUUGCAACUCAAACCCCAAGCCGCCAUCACAGAUCAAGUUACUGCUUGCUGGCUCUGACAGUUUCAUCAACUGUGUCCUACGUCACUACGUAGAGCAGCUCUCCUCAAAACCUCCUGACUGGCAGACCUACAUCCGCUUUCUUGUUGUACCUUUAGGCAACAACACACUAUGUCGCUACCUUGGCAGCCUGGAUGGAGUAUACAACUCCACUUUCGUCUCAGACAGCUGGAAGGAGUUGCUAGAACGGGGCGAGACCAACGAACUAGUCAACAGGAUUCAGCGGUAUUUGCUGCAGUCCAGUGCUGCUGUCAACCUGCCUAUAGCAGAGGCUAUGCUCACUUACAAGGAGAAGAGCUCUGAUGAUGAGUCUUCUCAAAUCUUCAUUCCAUUUAUGAAUGAUGUUCGUCUGGGGUCACCAGAGACUUCCACCACCACUUCAGUGGACCUAGAGGAGGGGCUACCCCCAAUCAUCUCUGGCUCUCCUCCCUCCAGUCUCACAAUUGGCUGUGACAGGAAGAUUACCCCACCCAGCUCCCCGAACAUUGGUCAAAGCAGGGAACUGUGUGAGCCCUUGGAACUACAGUUGGACUAUUGGUUACUGCCUGGCAAAUCCAACGAUGCUAGGGGUGACACAGGAGGUGGUGGAGGGGAAAAGAAGAAGGGCGACUCCACCAAGUCCACGCUUAAAUCCACGUUCCGUUCGCUGCAAGUAGCACGACUGUCACUGUCAGGCGAGCAGCCAUCCCCACACUUCACUAUCAGCUACUCCACCAAAGAGAAAAAACAGAAAAUUAUGAGGCUUGGAAAGAAAAAAGAGAAGGAGAAAGAGAACGAGCCAAAAAGUCAAGUGGUGGAAGGAGUUUCAAGACUAAUAGUGUCACCUAAAGCUCAAAAUAUUCCUCUUAAGUUGUGUAUAGACGGCACCGAGUGGUCCGGAGUGAAGUUCUUCCAGCUCUCAGCUCAAUGGCAAACUCACAUCCGACAUUUCCCUGUGUCUCUGUUCUCAGCCUCUGACAUCACACAGCUCUAAGUCACACUGGACUCUGGGAACAUCCAUCAUCACUUUGGGUUGUUUGUGUUGUCAUUCAUAUUGACUUUCACAGUGGGUAAAAAAAAUAGUUGUACCAUUUUUGUUUGGAUUUGGCUAUUGAUUUAUACCCUAAGAGAAUUUCACAAUACUUUGAAAUAAAGUAUCUCUACAGACCUUUCCUAAUGUGUUUAAUGUGAAUAAUGCAAAAUUCUGAAAAUAAAAUAUUGGAGUUUUAUUAAUUGAUCAACAUUUCAUGAUUAUGAUUUUGUUUUUAUUCCUUAAUUUUAGAUUAUUAAUUCCUUGCAUUGAGCACUCGCACUAAGUCUGUUGAUGUUCCCGAGGCGGUGUCUUCACGAAUCUGUGAUAUCCAUCCUAGGCAAGGUCUCAAGUCAAACGUGUACACUAGUUACACUUGUCUUGUGUUCGUACCGCUUUCAAGGAUUGUUCAUUAUAUUAAUUGUGAAAUAAUUCUCAUGUGUACAGUCAUAGGUUAAGUUUUUAUUGUAUUCAAUAUUUCGUCCUACAUUUAGUGCCAUUUUAGUGCAUUUAAAACGAGUUAUCGCUUUCACAUUUAUAACUGUUACAAAUAUAUUAAAUGUACUGUUAAAAGUUGUCUAAAAUUUAGGUCAUACGUGUUGUAUGUAUGGAUAUGAUAUUAAUUGUAAAGACUGCUUUUUAUUUAAUACUGAAUUGAUCGUUUUAAGUGUAAGUUAUUGAAUCAAGUGUUUUAGUGUAAUAUUGUAUUAUACCUUGAUUUGCAAUCUAAGUCAUUUUGAUGAAAGUGAAGCUUGAUGUAUACUCUUUAAACAGACGUAGACUUGAAAUAAUAUUCAUGCAAUUAUUUGAUUUGUGAGAAUUAUUCAUGGGCAAUGAAAAGCAAUAAUAUUGUAAAAUAGCAAUAGGAAUAUAAUUUUGAAAAUCAGCAAAUGUGUGGUUUUAACAUAAGCUUAAAAUUUGUGUGUUUAAAUCAACUCAAAAAUAUAUGCUGUAGCCACAAACAAUAUUUACUAAGUUAAAGUUCAUUAUGCUUCAUUAGCAUAACAUAUUAAUGGAUGGUUGUAUUUAUGUACUGCUAAAAACCAGACUAUCAAUGGUUUAUUAUUGAAAGAAUUACUGUGAAUUCUAAAAUUAAGUUUUGACUAUAAAUUUUCAUACAUAAAAUGUGAUUAAUAGAAUUAAAGGAAUUUGAAAUAUGUAGGCUUUGGCAGUGCAUUAGUACCGUUUGUAUUGUUAUUAUUAUUAUAAAAUAAUUCCAAUAAAUGAAAAUUUGUUAGAUAUUUUUAUUGAUUCACACUUGCGUGAUAAAAUGUUACAACUAAGAUAUGUGAGUGCUGACCAAUUAAAAUCUGUGAAAUUGUUAUCAAUUUCUUUGUGCUUAAUUUGUUGUCGCUGAAUAUUUUAUUUAUAAAAAUUUGUUCUAUUUAAAAAGAUUUAUUAAUUUAAAAAAAGAUUUAUUUUGUUUUAAAAAUAUAUAUUUUAAAGAUGUUUCUAAUACUGUUGGAAUAAUAUAAAUUACUUAAGGACUAAAAUUACUGGUAAUCGUAAUUUAUUAUUAUUUAAAUUUUUACCUUUAGUAUAAAUACUUUAAAUAGUUGUCAAUAAAAAACAUAUUAUAUGACUAAAAUUUUGCUAAUCAGAGACUCUUUAUAAAACUUUAUUGCUUAUUUUUGAAGUAUGUUGUAAAACUUGUCAAAAGAUAAAGUUGUUGGUGGCAUUAAAUAGUUUUAUAUACAUAACAUUAAGAGGUCAACCAAACUUUGACUAUAAUGAGAGUAUAAUUGUUCAUACACAGUAUUUUGGAUUUCAGUGGCAUAAUACAGUAUAUCAUUUACACACAAAAAAUAUAUAUAUUAAAUUAAUGUUUUGUGUGUGAGUUUAAACUAUUAACAUUCAAUUUUGUAUAAAGUAAUAUAUAAGCCAUUCCUUUAAUUUUACUCUCUUCUGGUGUAUUUUGGUUGUUCUCUGCCCAAAAAUGAACCAAACCUCACUAGUAGUUUUAUUGUACUGAAUUCAUUUAAUAAAAACAUACAAAAUAUGAAUUAUGAAUAAUCUUUUUUGAUACAAAAAAUACAUGUCUUGUUUGUAUGUUGUGUCAAAUUUAUUUUGGUUCUUGCUUACUUUUACAUUAAAGUAAUGUUAAAGUGUA